GGAAAGAAACACAUAUAUGUAACAGUAGUAUUUCUAGAGAUGGGGAAGAAAGAAGAUAAGAGUGGAUUAGAGAGGUCCACAAGCAAGAAAUUAUGAAUUCGAAGUGUGCCUUACGUUAGCUAACACCAUUGGUUUAGGUUACGAUCAUCCUUCAAUCAACAACUUCCAAAUAUCAGAAAGUAGCCGCAUUUAUGAGAAGAGAUUUUUCAGUGUGCCGUGUUCACGUGAGUGAGAAGAUACAUUCUUCAACCCUAACUAUAUAUACUACAAGCUAACUUCAUUACCAAGAUUUCAAAACCACAUUCACUUAAAAAUUAAUACUUAAUUGUUCAUCUAUUGUUGAGAGCAUUACAAGUCGAUAUCAAUCAAGCCCAACAACAAAUAAUCGAGAACCAAAGUCAUGGAGAGGAGGAAAGAGGAGUGCUAUGAAGAAGAAAAUUUAGAUUACGGCAUAGAGCCGCAGUCUGCGAUGAAAAGGAAGAAGAACAAGAGCAAGAACACAAGGCGGUUUAGCGACGAACAAAUCAGCUUGUUGGAGUCUAUAUUCGAAGCAGAUUCGAAGCUCGAGCCAAGGAGGAAGGUGCAGUUGGCAAGAGAGCUUGGGCUGCAACCUCGCCAGGUUGCGAUAUGGUUUCAGAACAGAAGAGCUAGAUGGAAGUCCAAACAGAUAGAGCAAGACUACAGAAGUCUCAGAGAAGAUUAUGACAAGUUAGCAUCUCGGUUCGAAUCUUUGAAGGAGGAGAAGCAGUCUUUGCUUAUGCAGUUGCAGAAGUUACACGAUCUUGUGGGAACAUCUCGUGCUGGCGCCCCUACCGAAGAUUCUCUCGCAAAUCAGACGGCAGAUGGAUCGAGUUACAAAGAUGGGAAUUGUAAGACUACUGCUCGAGUAAGACUAGAAGAGGCAUUGGAGAAGACAGGAGCCAUAGAUAAACAUACAAGCAAUGAUGUUGGUGGGGAGUUUGGAGAUGAAAGGCACGAGCUUCUGAACAUUGGUCAAUUGGAUGCCUCUGUGACACCUCUAGGAUUGCAUAGGUUGGAUUCAGGCAACAUUCUGUUUGAUCGUUGUAAUUCACACUGGUUAAAUUUCUGGACCUGAAAUUUCCAACACCCCCCCCCACUCAGCACAUAAAAGUUUGGUGUAAUUGGUGUCAAGAUUUUGUCCUAUAAUCCAUGUAUUGAGGUCAA